AUGACUCCUGAUCUUUGUUGCGCCAUCUGCGGCGUCGGCUUUAGGAACUUUCGGAUCGGGUCCAAAUCGCGCGGGGCCUUGAGACGCCGAGAUAGACAGCUAGAAAAGAGAAACAAGAUACGAAGAGAGGGAAGAUCGGAAGUUGAGUUGUCCGACGAUGAGUUCAGCGCCGGCGAGGAAGGAGACGACGAGGAGUCGGACCAAGUGAUCCAUGUGAGACGUCUGGAGGAUAGUUACGAAGAAGACGACCCGUAUCUACAGCCAGAUGAGAGAGAUGAUGAGGUGGAGGAAGAGGACGAGAUUGAUCGUACGGCGGGAUAUGACCCGCGACUGCUCGGACGCGCGGACUUGCGUUGGCUCCAGGACGUGUACUGCCUGGGUUGUCAUCGGAGUACACCAGAUGGGAACAGGAAAGCUUUUAUGAUUGGGCCAGGACGUGUUUUGGAUCAUAUAGAGGUUCAUGAAGGAGACGACGAGAACAGACCAGAUCGCCAUAUCUUCAAAUGCUACGAUGACACGGAUUUCAAAUCCGUGAUCCCUUUUCACGAGUCCUGCUGGGAUGUCCUGAUUCAAAAGCUCACCUUGGCUUGUGGGAGUGGCAACAUCAACCGGGAGAUGUUGUUUGGCGUAAUGAUGGAACUGUGCCGUGACGAUCACGCCGCCCUGGAUUUGCCUUAUGGCCCAGAGGUUGAAGCAUCUCAAGACCAGUUCUGGAAGUGUAUCCCAGGCACUGAAGUAAGCGCAUGCCCCAGCAAUGGCCACAAUCAGGUUACCAAACAGGCACUGACGGUAUCAAAGUACUGCACCGCAGAUCCCUUGGAAUCCUUGUAUCUGCUUGACAGUAUCCUGCAAAUGUUUCAUCCCGACGACAAAGAAGUAAGCAACAAACCAAGCAGAGAGCUUCUGAUACAAGCGCUCCAAGUACGCAGUGAUCCAUUCUCCAGGCUGCCCCGCGAGCUUACGACCACAAUAUGCCGGCAUCUGCAUCCAAUAGACCUUAACAGCUUUAUGAUCUCCUCUCCGUGGGCCAGACUUGCGACCAUGCACAAUUCAUUCUGGAAGGAUUCCAUCUAUCGAGACUUCCCAUGGUUCUGGGAAUACGCCGAGCACUACGACCAGGGUCAGCUUCCAAACACACUAGAUUACAUGGCUUUGCAUCGCCUUCUCCUAGACACUUCGGCCGGCUAUCAUCUCAACCAGCAGGAAGUCCUGUCGCUCGCGAACCGCUUUCGGAUCUGGAAUAGCUGCUCACCGAUCGUCCGCUUCUAUCUCAACAACAUGAGGCAUCUCACAGAAGCACAUGUAUGCAGGCCCACAAUCCCUGCUGAUUGCCUGCCAGAUUUAGCGCUACCGAUGACAGCCAUUGCGCAUCCACAGCCGCAAAAAGGGCUCCGCACAGUGGCAGCAAUCUGGGUUCCGCACUGGGGCGACAUGCACAAUACACCCGCAAAUUUUGUAAUCUAUCGGAAUGCGAAGCGAGAGCUCAUUGGCAUGGCCGUGAUCCGUGAGGGGGAGAAGAGCCCUUUUGGAAGCUGCAACGAGGAUAAGAUGGCUGGGAAAAAGAUCACUCGAGACGCAGCAUUGAUUCAGCAGGGAGAUUGGAUUGACCGGCUUCUCCUGCACAUUCCCACCGAGCACCGAUUCAGCAGCGCAGAUCAGGCUACUGCUGUGAAGGGAGUUACUGAUGGUACGAUCGUGCGUGUUGGUACUGUGGAAGCCCUCGACCCUUAUUACGACGACAUGUUUCCGGAUGAGGAUGAGAUGAUCCCGCGCAAGUCGCGACCCUCCAUGGCCGAGAAUGUCUUCACCGCGCAAGCUGUCUGGUCUGUCGAGGCCAUGGCCAUCAACAUCCGAGGCACCGGCCGAUGCUGCCUGCCCAUCUGGCGCCAUCCCUCCGUACGGGUGCUACCGUUGCAGGAUGAACAGAGCGACGAGGAUAUGAUGAUGCCAUGGCAGAUUCUUCACUGGUCAUACGACACAGACGAAGUCCGCGCCGUGAAGAGGAUCAGUGCCUGGGUGCACAACGAGGAAGUGGUGCUGCCGGACACAGGCAAGAAGGGACGCGUGGCCCGCGUGCUGGGUAUGACCACCCAGUAUCACCAGCGAUACUCAGAGCCGGCGCGGCACUUUGGCAUGAACCGGCGCGCAGCGCAGACCAAAGACACCAAGUUCUUCAAGAAACUGCGGCACUUUGACAUCGAUGGUCGCAAGGGCGAGUAUGUGACCGAAGUGGGCGUUGCCACGAAAGAAUCAUGGUCAGCUGUCAAGAUUCAAACCAACUGGGGCCGAGAGGUUGUUUUCGGCCAGCAAGGCGUCCCGAUCACCGACGUCAAGACUGCGCCGGACGGACACAUGAUUGUUGGACUGGCUGCGCAAUUUGUCAACCAACCUGACCAGAAGAAAAAGCCAGGAUUUGAGAAAUGGAUGCAGCUUUCGUCGAUGGCCCUGUUGACCAAGGAGAUGAAAAUGGACUAG